UAUCGAGAAAAAAAUCACAGAUAUAUAAGACAGUUUCUAAUUAUAGUGAUUUAAUGACUCGAUACACACUAAUAUCUCCAUCAUCUGUUUGAUUAAUUGCCUCACCUGGUAAAGCUCUUGUUUGUAUCUGAGUCAGCUCAUUUCAAAUCCACCCAUAUAAAAACCUUUGAUUUUUCCCAAAUAGUUUGUUCUAAAGAAAGCGUUGGAUAUUUUGUUUGGGUUUGGGUUUGGGUUUUUUUUUCCAGAGUAUGGAAGGUGUAUGUGAGACAAAGUCAUGUACAACUGAGUUGAAAUCUGUUGAAUUUGGGAAUCAUCAAAAUGGUUCUUUGAUGGAGACUGGAUUAGGGAAUUAUGGGUGUUCACAUUAUAGAAGAAGGUGUAAGAUCAGAGCACCUUGUUGCAAUGAGGUUUUUUAUUGCAGACAUUGCCAUAAUGAAUCUAAGAAUUCCCCGGAAUCUAGUCCUCUUAAGCAGCAUGACAUUCCACGCCAUGAAGUUGAAAAGGUCAUCUGCUCCCUAUGUGACACAGAACAAGAUGUACAACAGUAUUGCAUCAAUUGUGGAGUCUGUAUGGGGAAGUACUUCUGUGGUAAAUGUAAAUUCUUUGAUGAUGAUGUUUCUAAAAACCAAUAUCACUGUGUUGAAUGUGGCAUAUGCAGAACCGGAGGCAAGGAGAACUUCUUUCAUUGCAACAAAUGUGGUAAGUGAAAGAGGAUGUUGUUAUUCAAAUUUGAUGAGGGAAGUACAUCGUUGCAUUGAGAAGGCAAUGCACCACGAUUGCCCUAUUUGCUUCGAGUUUCUCUUCGACACAAUGAAAGACGUAACCGUUUUACCUUGCGGACACACAAUGCAUUUGGGAUGCUUGAGAGAAAUGGAGGAACAUUAUAGGUACUCUUGUCCCGUUUGCUCAAAGUCUAUCUGUGAUAUGUCGAAAUUGUGGAGAAAGCUUGACAAAGAGAUUGCUUCAACCCCAAUGCCUGCAGUAUACCAAAAUAAGAUGGUAUGGAUUCUAUGCAACGAUUGUGGAGCAACUUCAAAUGUACAGUUCCAUAUUGUGGCGCAUAAAUGCCCGAGUUGCGAGUCCUACAAUACGAGACAGACACGUGGAGGCGCCGUUGGUGGUUCCUGCUCUGAGAUGAUGCAUUGUGAAUACAAUCUCGUAGACAAAAAAAAAAAACUUGCAUGAA